CUUACGGCUUGCCAUCUGGACCGAGUAUAAUGCCAUUCGCCAGCUUCUUGUACCCGGGCCUUCCCGCUAUGUCCUGCCCUUCGUCGGUCUGCGUCGAAUCUUGCGCCAUGUUUUACUGCCUCCAAAACGCUAUCGUGGUCGCGGUAUGUUGCGUUGCUCAAGUGGUGAUUUCUAAGCUACACGAAGAUCGGACCUCGGAGGUAGGCAGCUUCCCAGGGUCAACCAUGUCAUGUAUUGUCGCGCUUUCGCCGUAACAGCGAUACAUCUGUGGGUAAUUCAUCGCCAUCGGGGUUGGUGAAUUUCGUGCAUCCGCGAUUUCGUAGUGCGUCUCGCGACAUGUUGUUGCUCUCCAAUUGCUCUUGGCGCGUUGUUAAGAAGGACAUGGUGGACGUGCAGUGGAGGAUGUUAAUGAACGACAGCUCCUGAACAUCACAAACGGACCCCUUCAACAAACAUAUCGGUUAUCGCGUGUCUAUCAUGGAUGUACCAGUAGCCGCGAACGUACUCGGUACACUCGGCGCAGUGUGUUGGUCCGUUCAGCUGAUUCCCCAGAUCGUUAUCAACUAUCGCAGACAUAAUGCUACUGGACUCCAGCCAACUAUGAUGAUGCUUUGGGCAUGGGCUGGAGUCCCACUUGGAGUUUAUAACAUUGCAGAAGGAUACAACAUUGCGCUACGGAUCCAGCCUCAGAUCCUUACCAUCCUGAGCCUAGUAACUUGGAUCCAGUGCUACUACUACGAGAAGAGUUGGUCAGUUGUCCGCUCCCUCGCUGUUGUCAUCCCGGUGGCUUGUUUGAUGGGGGGCAUUCAAGCUGGCCUCAUUUUUGCUAUUGAACAUGCGAAGGCAGAGGGUCUUCACUGGCCCAGUAUCCUUAUGGCAGUUGCUUCAGCUACUCUACUUGCUGCUGGUGUCAUGAGACAUUACUGGGACAUCUACGUCCACCGUACUGUCAGAGGUAUCUCCUUCAUAUUCGUAGGCAUCGAUGCCCUAGGCGAUCUCUUCUCCUUGGUGUCAGUCGUCUUCCAGCCAAGGCUUGAUAUUCUGGGCCUGGUCAUCUAUGGCACCGAACUGGUGCUUUGGAUCGGAAUUUUCGUUUGCGGAGCUUACUACAACCUCCCGACUUGGUACGCUGCAAAGAAAAAAGAGGAAAGAAGCAACCCGGGCGUGAGUGAGUCUGAUGGAGGGGCGGUAGUCGCAUCCGGCAUUGCGCUCCACGGCCUGCCCUCCAGCACCUCUGUAUUCAGGACGCCGUCGGGUGAAAUUGAAGCUGUUCGACAACGCAGUGUGAGCUCAGUGCGUAGCGCCGGCUUGGAACACUUGCCGCGAAGAGUAUAAGUAAAGUGUCGAUUCAGCUAUAUUCAAUCCAUGGUCUUCGAUUACAUCUUUCACUCCAUACACCGUUUGUACCCGCUAACCAUCUACUGCAUAGACAGUUCUGAACUGUGCGGCUACUUCCGUGUCUGCGUGAAGAGUCACGCGUUUGUUGCUUCGCGGUUCUCCAACUUUGGGUAGGCGCACGC